GUGGUUUCGUAUAGAUAACCAGAGAGUUUAAAAUUGACUCGAAGUCUAUGAACUUCCUAGUACAAAGGAAUGUUCAAUAUUUAAAUUGAAGUGAAAAUCUUCAUCUGGGUUUUUUGCUUGCAUCCUUAAACAUUCCUUUCCCCACUGGGUUUCUGGCGACCAUUGCAGCUUCGAAACGAAUCUGAAUCGUUUGCUGAAGAGACAAUAUGCUUUGCUUUGGAAGGGUGUGAAACCCUAGGAGAAGAUUGGGUUUAUUUAUCUCUGGGUUUUUCUAUGGACAUAUGAAAAAACUAUGGACAUAUGAAAAAACCUAAACGAGUAUAUUUGACGUUGUUUAUGGACUAGAAUGUUGCUUGUGCGUGGUUGCUUAUGUUUGAGAUCCUUAUCCUAGAAAUUUGGUGGUGUUCUGUUGGACGCUUGUGAUAUUAUAGCUGAGGAAUUAAUUGAAUUUUAUCAGGUGUUCAUGGAUGAACUUGAAAAAUUUGUGGCGUUUGCUUUUUGUCAGAUCUCGAUACUAUAGGAUACGCGGAUUUAUUGGGCCACUGAUUGUGAUUCUGAACAGUUGAAACCAGCAGUAGUACUGUUUCUGAUGAUUAUGAGAUUCCACGAUCAGUAGUAACGUCUUGGGAUAUUUUAGACUGUUUCUCUGCUAAUAUUUUGUUCUCUAAGGCCGGAUUUGUUCUAUUCAAAACAUGGUGUUUUAUUGCUGUGUUGCUAAGGGUAAUCGAAUCCUCCAUGCCUACAGCUGUGGGGACCCUGAGAUUGAGAAACUGGCAGUUUUGUGCCUGGACAGGGCUCCUCCUUUCCACACCUGGUAUUUUCAAAGUGUUGGCAAAAGGACUUAUGGGUUUCUAAUGGAGGAUGGGUAUGUCUACUUUACAAUUGUGGAGGAGAGUCUCGGAAAUCGGGGGGUCUGUCAGUUGUUGGGGCAUGUAAGGGAUGAGUUCAAAAAGGUUGCAAAGAGUGGUUCAAGGGGCAGUAUAUCAGGUUUGAACUCAGUCUGCCUUCAAGAACAAUUGGUGCCUGUCAUCCGCCGUUUGAUAAACUCAUUAGGGCAGGUCUCGCAAUCUCAAUCUGAUGGUGACUGGAUGCUUGAGAUUCCGCCAUCACGACAGGCAGGGCCUUCACCAUCUCCAGAAAGUAGCCAAACUGAGGUUACCACUUCUACUAAGGCUCCAUUGCUUCGGAAAUUUAGCAAGCAUGAGAAGAAGAAAAUGAAGGAUCGUGUCAUCGAGGUUAGAGACAAUGGCUCUGAGGAGCACCGGAAGUCUAUGGGUCGGGGAAACAAGGUUGAUGUGUCAGCCACCGAAUCUGAUAACCAAGUGAUGGGGGUGUCUUCACUCUCAGUACAGAAGGGUUCAAGUUCAAUGAGGAUUAUGACAGACCCACAGCAUGCUCGAUACAUGUGGUGGCGCCAGGUCUGGAUUGUUAUUGCUAUUGAUAUAGUUGUGUGUUUAAUUUUGUUUGGAAUAUGGUUAGGAAUUUGUGGUGGUUUUGAAUGCAUUUCUGGUUAGGUAUUCCCUUUGUCUAUUGCAACUAAGAGUUCAAACUGAAUCCCAAACCGGAAUUGUGGCCAUUAUACAUCUGUCACAUAGCAUCCCACUCUUUCAUGUAAAUAUCAGCACAAUUUUGGGUUGGAUUCACAGAGAAAUGAAGCAUCAAGCUUUUCCUCAUAGAGUUCCAAAUGAAGGAAACAUUUACUUCAAGGUAUGUGUGACAACUACGGGUCAUUAUCAUUUCUUGAUAUUUCCUUGUACAGUUAUCACAUAGCCUUUAUUUCAUGUAUAUCUUCAUUGUCGCUAUGUAUUCUGAGUUAUUAUGAUCUCUCAGUUGGGUUUUUCUUUGGUCACUUCUUAUAGCUAUGUGCAGUGCUCCAAUCGUCAGAAUGGAGUGAAAAUUUGAGAUCUUAUGUCCAAAAGUAUCUUGUCAAUACCAUCAAUGCAUUGGAAACAGUACUUAGUACAUCAUGGAUGAAUCUCUUAUGCCCACACACUGUAUGGUUUAGCACAUUCUACAUCACUAGAUUUUCCUGACCAUCUGCUUUCUCCUUUAAGUUAUUCUACUGUUUGGAUUAUUGAGUGAACUGAGUGUGCUCUGUAAGGCUUAAGGUUUAAUAAUCUGAACCUACUAUUCAAAGGUUGGUUUAAUCAAGCAAUUGUGA